AUGGAGAAUGUGGAUGGUUUGGAUGAUGAAAUAUUAGAAGAAGACAGUGAGAUUAUUGUGCCGCAAGUUGGAAUGAAGUUUAAGGAUGCCAAUGAAAUAUUUGAAUUUUACAAGAAAUAUGCAUAUAAUGUAGGUUUUCCAGUUAGGAAAAGAACUUCUAGAAAAGGUGAGGAUGGGGUUGUAAAAUAUGUGACAUUUUCAUGUUGUCGAGAAGGCCAAAGAAGUAGGUCUAAAAGUACUAAUUCAAUGCCACAACCAACCAUUCAAAUAGGGUGUAAAGCUAGAUUGACUGCAAGUGUUGAUGGUAUUGGAACAUGGCGAAUUAACACAAUCCAUCUUGAACAUAAUCAUAAUACGAGUCCAUCCAAAUCUCGGUUGUUUCGAUGCAACCGGCAAUUGAGUGCACAUGUAAAACGUCAGCUUGAAGUGAAUGAUAUGGCUGGAAUUCCAUUACAUAAAAGCUAUAACUCAGCGGUUGUUGAAGCAGGUGGAUAUGAGAAUAUGACAUGCAUCGAGAGGGAUUGUAGGAAUUAUGUUGAAAAGGUUAGACGAUUACGACUAGGGGAAGGAGAUGCGGCUGCAAUACAAUCUUAUUUUUCAAAAAUGCAAGCAAUUUGCCCUGGUUUUUUCUUCAGUAUUGAUUUGGAUGAAGAGUCUCGAUUGAGAAAUGUGUUUUGGGCUGAUAAUAGGUGCAGAGAAGCAUAUAAGGAGUUUGGCGAUAUUGUGACAUUUGACACCACAUAUCUCACAAAUAAGUAUGAUAUGCCAUUCGCCCCUUUUGUUGGGGUGAAUCAUCACGGGCAAUCUACAUUGCUCGGAUGUGGGUUAAUCUCGAGUGAGGAUACAGAGACAUUUGUUUGGCUAUUUAGGACAUGGCUUCAAUGUAUGCAAGGUCAGGCUCCUAAUGGAAUAAUUACGGACCAAGAUAGGGCUAUGCAAAAUGCAAUUCAAAUAGUAUUGCCAAAUACGAAGCAUAGAUGGUGUUUGUGGCAUAUAUUAAAGAAGUUGCCUGAAAAAUUUGGCAACCAUGUUCAAAAGGGUGCCAUAUUUUCGGCUAUACACGAACUAGUAUAUGAUUCGCAAACUCCAGAAGAAUUUGAAAAAGGUUGGAUUAGGAUGAUUGAAGAACAUGAAUUGCAUGACAAUGAUUGGUUGGACAGACUUUACAUGGAUAGAAGCCGUUGGGUUCCUUGUUUCUUGAAAACAUCAUUUUGGGCAGGUAUGUCCACAACUCAACGCAGUGAGAGCACUACAACAAAAUAG